CAAACAACACCAUAUGAAGUUACUAUUAUAUAGCCUCUUCAUUCACUCCAAACCUAUUCUCAUUAAUUUCCAUAUCUAUUUGUUCAUAAAUGAUUUUAUUCAAAUACAAAGGCCACUUGAAUGCAUAGCUAUUAGCUACUGAUCAACCAACCUAUUAUGCAUCAAUGGCAAUAAUAGAUCAUAAUGAGGUGAGGCAAUUAGAAGCAGAGAUAAAGAACAAUAAUUCGACUAUUCCCAAGGAUGGAUCUGUUUAUUUCUCCAUCAAGGUUAGGCCAACCUUGCCUGAUUUUCUCACUUCAAUCAGCCUCAGAUAUGUGAAACUUGGUUUUGGUUACCUCAUUUGCCGAUGGUUUUAUAUCUUGAUGAUUGCACCAAUUGUGUUAUUGAUCUUUGGAGCUGAAAUAUGGAAGCACAUACGCCAAGAUUUGUCCACCAAAUGUGAUCUUAUGGAUGCUUUCUUUUUAGUUGGCUUGUUUGUAUUGAUUCUAUGUGUCUACUUGUACUACUUGGUUCCUCGCUCUACAUAUUUAUUGGACUUUGCUUGUUAUCGUCCGCCAGAUGAUCUAAAGAUAUCAAAGGUGGAAUUCAUCGAGUUAGCAAGAAAAUCAGGCUACUUCAGUGAAGCUUCCAUAGGCUAUCAACGGCGAGUUCUCAAGAAAUGCGGGAUAGGCGAUGAAAGCUAUAUGCCUAGAAUAGUUUUCAAGCCAGACCACAAGAUAACGUUGAAUGAUGGCAGAGAAGAGGCUGCAAUGGUGAUGUUUGGGGCCAUAAAUGAGCUGUUUGCCAAGACAAAAAUCCGGCCUAAGGACAUUGGAAUCUUGGUGGUCAACUGUGGAGUAUUGAACACAACACCAUCGCUCUCUUCAAUGGUCAUAAACCAUUUCAAGCUUAGGAACAACGUGCAGAGCUUCAAUAUAGGAGGCAUGGGUUGCUCUGCUGGGAUCAUAGCCAUUGACAUGGCUAAAGACCUUAUGAAGGCCUAUCCGGGGUCAUAUGCACUGGUUGUGAGCACCGAAGCUGUGAGCUAUACUUGGUAUAAGGGUGACCAUCUUGACAAGCUCUUUACCAACUGCUUCUACCGAAUGGGAGCUGCUGCUAUGUUGCUCUCCAGCUCUCGACAACAUAGAUGGCGGGCCAAGUACGAGCUGCAUCAGCUGCUGCGAACUCACCACGGCAUGCUAGACAAAAGCUUCAAAAGCAUUCGUGUAGAGGAAGAUGAGGAAGGGAGACAAGGUGUGUGUGUGAGCAAAGACGCCAUUGAGGCUCUGCUUCUCCCUGUGUCUCAACACAACGAUUUUUUCAGCAACCAAAUGAAGUCUAAGACAGUGUUUGAGCACAUCUGCAUAGUGGCAACCAGCAAGAAAGUGCUGGAUGAAAUGCAGAGGAGACUAGGAUUGGGAGACGAACACAUGGAGGCGUCCCGGAAAACGCUUGAGCGGUUUGGCAAUACUUCAAGUAGCAGUGUCUGGUAUGAACUGGCUUACUUGGAGUCAACUUCAAAGAUCAAAAGUGGAGAUCGCAUUUGGCAAAUUGCCUUUGGCUCUGGUAUCAAGUGCAACAGCGUCAUCUGGAAAGCUCUCAAGAAUGUUGGGAGCCCCAUCCCAAGUCCAUGGGAUUGAAUUCAUUAUCCCCAGAUUAGCAAUGAAGUAUUUGUUUUCUUUUUUUUUUUUCUCUUCAAUUUGAAAUCAAAUAAUUUUCUUUCCGUUACCAUGAACACAUUAUUGCACAAAGCCCCUUCCUCUACUUUUUCAAAGAAAAUAUGAUGUUCACCCUGCUUAAGGCUCACGGCUCCAAACAAAAUUUUAAGAUUUAUGCGUAUGAAUUGAAUUAUUAUCCUAA